AUGAUGAAAACAAUUGCAAAAAUAAUAAUAGUUUUCUUUUGUAUUUUAAAUAAUCAAUUAACUUGCAAUACAAAAUUAUUGAGAAACAAAAGAUUCCUAAUAUUUCCCCGCCAGGCACCAACUAGACAUCAGUUCAUUGGUGGUAUAGGUAUACCGGUUGAUUUGUCCUAUGAAUCCCUUACUAUUGGCUAUGUUUUAAAGGCUGAAUUUUGGUUGCCCGAUAAUGAGACUGUAUUUCGUGAAAAUCCAUAUUUUCCCGAAUAUAAAAAUGAUAAACUUAACAAUAAGCUGAAGACAAAUCAAAACCCCAAUUUUGUUAAUGCAAGAUCUUCCAAAAACCAUGUGAAGAAAUCGAGAUUACGAUGGGAUAUUUACGAUAUUUUAAUACAUCGUUUAAAUGGUUAUGGUUACAAGGGUCAAGAAUGUCUUUUACGUGCUAUUUGUGAAGCAAAUGCUUUACAAUUUAUGCGGCAUUAUGAUGUUUAUGGUGAAUUAAUGCAUAUUUUCUUUAGUCCAUCUUCUUCCAGCGAUUUGAAAUCACCGGAAGCUCAGAAUUAUCUACAAGCUGAGAAGUUGGGUUUAUCUGGUGGCAAAUCUUGUUCAUUAUAUGACUGUAACUUGUCAAUUUUGGAUAUAUUUUCAAAAAUUUUAAAAGUUGGCUAA